UAUAUAUAUGAUGGUUGUUCUUAUUGAUUUCAAAGCGUGUGGGCAAAGUGAACAGGAUAUCAUUUUUGUCCUGGAUUCCUCUACAAGUGUUGGUACUGACAAUUUUCGUGAGGUCCUGAAUUUCGUCAAAGAUCUGCUGUCGAAUGCUGAUAUCGAUUCUGGGCGAGUUCGUGUGGGAACACUCAUUUAUAGUACAGGUGUUGAAGUAAGAUUCAAUCUAAAUGAGUUUAACACCAAAGCUGAUGUAUUUAGAGCAAUAGAUAAUAUACCGUACAUACUUGGAAACACCAACACUGCCGGUGGUAUCCGAGUAAUGAGUACUGAAAUGUUUACAUCAAGGAAUGGUGAUAGAGAAGGUAUUCCGAAUAUUGCAUUUGUAAUAACUGAUGGUCAGUCUAAUAUAAACACAAAAGAUACUAUUCCAAAUGCUGAGCUUGCUCGGAUAUCUGGUAUUGAUAUAUAUGCUAUUGGAAUCGGGCUACUGGAAACUACGGAACUUGAGGGGAUUUCCAGCAGACCUCUAGAAGAAUUUCUGUUCACUGUCGAGGAAUUCACGGAGUUACAGGGAUUGAAGGAGACAAUAUUUGAAACCGUCUGUCCAGAAACUCCUGCUCCAACUACGGAUCCAACAACAACCACGACAACUAUACCGCCUACCACUUUAUCUGCUUGUGUGUCGACAGAACAGGAUAUCGUGUUUGUACUUGAUUCAUCUACUAGUGUUGGUGACGACAACUUCCGGCGAAUCAUUGACUUUGUAAAGUCCUUCUUAAAUAUAGCGGAAAUCGAUUCUGGAGCAGUUCGUGUUGGCGUUCUCACUUAUAGCACUGAUGUAAACAUUCAGUUCCUACUGAAUACAUGGGGGACUAAGGAUGACAUAUAUCGAGCCUUAGAUGUUAUACCAUACGCGUAUGGUAGCACAAACACAGCAGAUGCGCUGAAAAUGAUGAGAACUGAGAUGUUCCGAACGUUUGCAGGAGAUAGGCCUUAUGUUCCGAACAUUGCUAUAGUUGUCACAGACGGUGUAUCAAAUAUCAACUCGAGGCAGACCGUCCCUGAAGCGGAUAACGCGAAAUCAGCCGGUAUACAAAUUUACGCUCUAGGAAUAGGCAUCACAGAAAAGAAGGAACUUAAACAAAUAGCUAGUUCUCCUUUAUCUGAUUAUCUGUACACUGUAGAAGAUUUCUCGGAAUUGGAUCUCCUCCAGGAUAACAUCUUCAGGAAUUUCUGCCCUGUUUCAAGUCCAACAACACAGCCCGUAGUAAGGUGCGUGGGUGUUCCACAAGAUUUGAUAUUCGUCCUGGAUUCCUCAACCAGUGUUGGUGAUGACAACUUUCGACGAAUGUUGGAAUUCGUAAAGGACAUUCUUUUACUCGCCGACAUCGACUCUGGCAAUGUCAGGGUAGGCGUUUUGAUAUAUAGUUCUGGGGUAGAAAUACAAUUUCAUUUAAAUGAAUACCAAACACAAGCUGCCGUAUUUCAGGCUAUUGAUAAGGUGCCAUAUAUACUAGGUAGUACGAACACAGCGGAUGGAUUAAUGGUCAUGCGCAAUGAAAUGUUUUCAUUUCAACAUGGUGACCGUCCUGAUGUCCCCAAUGUAGGUAUAGUUGUAACAGAUGGACAAUCCAAUAUAAACUCGCUGAGAACCAUCCCUGAGGCCAACGAAGCCAAGUCGUCAGGGAUAGAUAUAUAUGCUAUUGGCAUAGGACUAAAAGAGACCAAAGAGUUAAAGGGAAUAGCUAGUGAGCCAUUAGAGGAUUUCCUGUACACGGUGAGAGGGUUCGAGGACUUACACAAUCUCAAGGAUAGGAUGUUCGAGUCCAUCUGUCCGGGUAACACAGUUUGUAAUUUCUGGUGGAGGUUAAUUACUUAACUAUUUCUAACAUGCUCUAGCUCAUGACUGGCGUCGCUAACACAGGUGUUAAAUGUUCACCUAAAUAUGUUCCUGUAAUUUUGACGUCAUAUCGAUGUUACUGUUGGUCGUAAUGUUGAUCGUCUUUGUGUCUGCUAUGAUUUGUGGAACAUCAUGUAUAACGGUCUGCUGGUAUGCACAUAUGAACUGAUAUAUCACGAAGUAACCUCCUCACUUAUAUGCUGUCGUAUAAAAAUGUCGCUGAAAGUGUUUGUGGACUGUUUGGGAUAGGUAUAUAUUGCCUUAUAAUGGAAUAAUCAGUGUUUGUCGGCUGUUUUGGGUGUGUCUCGUGUCAUAAUGGAAUAAACCAGUGUUUGUCGGCUGUUUGGGGUGUGUCUUGUGUCGUAAUGGAAUAAUCAGUGUUUGUCGGCUGUUUGGGGUGUGUCCCGUGUCAUAAUGGAAUAAACCAAUGUUUGUCGACUGUUUAGUAUGUGUCUUGUUUCAUAAAGAAAAAAACCAGUGAUUGUUGGCUGUUUGGGCGGGGUGUAUCUUGUCUCAUAAUGGAAUAAACCAGUGUUUGUCGGCUGUUUGGGGUGUAUCUUGUCUCAUAAUGGAAUAAUCAGUGUUUGUCGGCUGUUUGGGAUGGGUGUAUCUUGUCUCAUACUGGUAUAUAUCAGCGUUUGCUGGGAUCGAAAGCCAAUGUAAUGAUUAUUUUAUAUAUUGUUUGCCGUCGUAUGUCAUGUAAACAUCGUCAUUAAAUCAAUGUGGUGUGUAUCUAACUAGAAAUAUAUAUCUAACUUAAUAAUGACCUCCAUAUACCUGAAAUGACCAUCAGGUGUGACAUCAUAUAUUCGGUAACGGGCUAGUCUUGUCAUGUGGUACAAUAUGUUUGCUUUAUACGGUGCUAUUCCGAGUACAUUAUAGCUAUAUAAUAAAUCGAUUCUUCGGAAUAUUUUUAGAAAGAUGUUAUCUUAAAAAUUAAUUUUAGGCUGUGAUUGCAUAACAGAUAGUAAUGAUAAAGCUCUGGAAUUCUGUAAAUUUUAAUAUUAUCGUAAUGGUAGAGUAAAAUAUAUUUUUAGUGAUUUAAUAAACGCUGAAAUGAUACAGUGUCAUUAUUGUAGUUUGAUUACCAUGUAAUAAAAAUAAAUAUCUAGAAAUAUCAACACCAACGACAACGUCAACAACGACGACAACAUCACCAAC